AUGGAGCAACUCCCUCCCCACCAAGCCCAAGGAGGACCCAUCCAUCUUCACCAGCCCGUGGCCGUCGCACCUCGCACUGUUCAUGGCCCCAACGGCUUGCUGGCCAACACUCCUGGUGGCCAUGCUCAGAUGCCAAACGCCGUCUUCAGCGGAGGCCCUGUCCAGCCUGCCACUCAGUCUCAGGCCAUGCUUGUUCCUAUGCAGCCUGGCAGUGCCCAACCCGCGAAUGUUGGCCAAGGCCAGCAGCCUAUUCUGAACGAUGCGCUGAGCUAUCUCGACCAAGUCAAGGUGCAAUUCGUCGACCAUCCCGAUGUUUACAACAGAUUCCUCGACAUAAUGAAGGACUUCAAGAGUGGGGCUAUUGAUACACCUGGUGUUAUCGAACGUGUCUCGACCCUCUUCGCCGGCAACCCAGAGCUCAUUCAGGGCUUCAACACCUUCUUGCCCCCAGGCUACAGGAUCGAGUGCGGCACCGGCGACGAUCCGAACGCUAUUCGAGUAACGACUCCCAUGGGAACAACCGUUCAGGCCAUGCCGGCACCCCGGCCCAUUUCUCCACGCACCGCAGCUCCUCCGCAAGACGGAAGCAAUCAGGAAGGCCCUUUGUUUGCCGCAGUCAACAGACAGACCAACGGCAACUGGACGCCUCAGGCUCCUGGCCAUGCUCACAUCGUCCACAGUCCUAGUGGUCGCCCGGUAGGAGCCGCUCCCUUCACUUCCCAGAUGGGCCCCCAGCAAGCCGCCGCCAUUGCCGAAGCUCAAGCUCGCGAACAGCAGCAGGCCUUGAGCCUCCAGCAGGAACAGCGUGUCUCGCAAUUGCAAAAUGCCGUCUCCGCCGCAGCCGGUGACAAUCUCGCUAGGGCUGGCAUGAUGUCUCCGACUGGUGGUGCUGCCGCUCUUGCCCAAGGUGAAAUGGUGAUUGGUCCUGAUGGUCAGCCCCUGGGCCACGAGAAGGUGAGGCCGCAGGUCGAGUUCAACCAUGCCAUCAGCUAUGUCAACAAGAUAAAGAACCGCUUCCAACAGCAGCCAGACAUUUACAAGCAAUUCUUGGAAAUCUUGCAGACCUACCAGCGCGAGUCUAAGCCGAUCCAGGACGUCUAUGCCCAAGUAACGCGACUUUUCAAUUCGGCCCCAGAUCUUCUUGAGGACUUCAAGCAGUUUCUACCAGAAUCCGCCGCACACGCGAAAGCCGCGGCAGCCGCAAGGGCACAACAACAAGAAGAGUCUGUCAUGCUUAGCAACGUGCGUGGUGACCCUUUCUACCAGGCACCACAGCCCCAUCAGACACCCAGAGCCGAACAUCGCCUGCCACCCGUCGGAAACUUUGCUCCUACACCUACUGUUAAUAAGGACAACAAGAGAAAGCGCGGUGACAGACAAGGGACCGUCACCAACGCAGGCCCUGAGACAAACGGCUUGGCUAAAGCUCCAGCUUACGGCCAGAUGACUAGCGUCAACAAACGUGCUAAGCAGACCCAUGCCACCAGGCAGGUCAUGCCUUCAGACAUCCCCCCAACUUCUCCAACUCUGGUCCCUGCGCUCCCUGAGCCUCUGCCACCGACCCAGAGCUCGCUUGCGACAGCCGACGAGAUGAGCUUCUUCGACCGUGCUAAGAAGGCCAUCGGCAACAAAGCUGCCAUGAACGAGUUCCUCAAACUUUGCAAUCUUUUCUCACAAGAUCUGAUUGACCGCACUACUUUGGUUCACAAAGCCCGCGGUUUCAUCGGCAGCAAUCCAGAUCUCUUCCAGUGGUUCCAGAUGUGGGUCGGUUACGCCAACGACGACAUUCUCAUCGAGAACAAGCCCAGAGCCCCAUCAUGCAGAAUCUCUUUGAGCAACUGCAGAGGGCUCGGACCAAGCUAUCGCCUUCUUCCUAAGCGGGAGCGUUUGAAGCCGUGCCGUGGACGUGAUGAGUUGUGUAACGAAGUGCUCAACGACGACUGGGCCUCGCAUCCUACGUGGGCAUCCGAGGACUCUGGUUUCAUUGCCCACAGGAAGAACAUCCACGAAGAAGGACUCCACAAGAUUGAGGAAGAACGUCACGACUACGACUUCAACAUCGAGGCUUGUUCUCGCACAAUCCAGCUCCUUGAGCCUAUCGCACAGCAGAUUCUCCGCAUGAAUCCUCGUGAGAAGGAGGCUCUCGAGAUUCCUCCUGGUCUUGGUGGACAGAGCGAGACGAUUCACAAGCGCAUCAUCAUGAAGCUCUACGGCCGCGAGAAGGGUCACAUGGUCGUCCAGUCGCUCCACGCUCAGCCUUACAAGGUCAUCCCCGUGCUGCUCAACAGACUCAAGCAAAAGCUCGAGGAGUGGAAACAGGCACAGCGAGAGUGGGAGAAGGUCUGGCGUGAUCAAACACAGAAAAUGUUCUGGAAGAGUUUGGACCACCAAGCCGUGAACGCCAAGCAAGCCGACAAGCGUCAGUUCCAGACAAAGAUCCUCCUUGGUGAGGUCCAAACUAGAUACGAAGAGCAAAAGAGACAACGACUGGCCGGCCAGAACCCACGCAACCAGCCUCAGAUGACUUUCAAGUUUGCAGACACAAGUGUCAUCAUCGACGCGUCACAUCUGGUUCUUCUGUACGCCGAGCAGAUGCACUCUACGGAAUAUCCACGUUUGACCUCUUUCAUCCGAGAGUUCAUCCCCCUCUUCUUUGGCUUAGAUUAUGAGUGGUUCGGCAACCAGAUCAGAGCCAAGUUCGGCGAUACUCCUCACAUGGAGGUCGGUGAAGACUCAAUCUCGGCCUUUGACGAUCCGAUCAACGCCAAGCCUCGCAAACCAACAACCAAAAAGGGCGAUCUUCUGCGCGGUGUUCUCGAGCGCGGACGCAAGAACCGCAAAGAUGACGGUAGCAACACCCCUCUUAGUAGAGCAUCGACCCCUGAUAACGCAUCCAAUGUGGACGAAGAGAUGAGCGAUACUGCCAACGUGGUAGACGAUCUCAAGUCUGACAUUGCCUUGGACACCUGGGCAUCCCAUCCUUUGGCGGGCAACGUCCACAAGGACAAGGAGCUGUACCUCAACCAGAUGUACUCUCGCUCCAAGUACAACCUCUACGGCAACGCAACCAUCUACUGCUUCAUCCGCGUAUUUGUGUUCCUGUACGAGCGCUUGAAUAACAUCAAGCAGGCCGAGGCCGAUGCUCAUACCACAGUGAACCGUGCAAUGGCUCCUAAGCCUGCCACCGAGCUCGGUAUCAUCGACAAGCUUCCCACUGACUUCUUCACUGAUGUUAGCGACACAUCCAACUUCUACCGUCAGAUACUCGGCAUGUUCGAAGAUCUGAUCAAGGGAGAUAUGGACAUGGCACACAUCGAAGAGACGUUGCGCAGAUAUUACUUGCAGUGUGGUUGGCAGCUCUAUUCCUUCGACAAGCUUCUUGGUGCCUUGGUACGAUUUGCUAUUGCAAUGCUCGGUAGUGAAAGCACCAAGGACAAGAGCUGGGACAUUCUCCAGCUGUUCCGCAGAGACAGAGCCAAGGAUGAAACUUCUUUCCAAGAUGAGAUGAACUACAGAAAGCAGACCGAGAAGUACACGAAAGAUAUGGAUAUCUACGGAAUCGCCUAUGACCAAGCAACAUCUGAAGUGCAGAUCAGACUCUACAAGAAGGAUGAUCCUACGCUCGACACAACCUCAAUGCUCCAGGAGGAUCUCUGGCGCGUUUACGUCACCAAUCUCCUUAAGCUUGCGCCGACACCAGAUGUGCCCGCAACCAAGCGUCGGCCAGUAAUGCACAGAAACUUGCGUCAACUCAACGUGGAUCCCAGCACAAUCUACAGCGAGGAGCGUUCUGACGACUACCGCAGACUUGUGGAUUCCGCUGUUUCAUCGGAGGGUCUUGAAUUCCGCGUGGCCGUCGAGCUGUACCGCAUGUACUUCAUCAAGAACACCGAGGAGUACGCAUACCAACCAGCAUCCAUCCGAAGUGGAGGCAAGGAAGGUGUAGAGGAGGCAGACUUCACGGCCCGCUACCGAAGCGAUCAUAGCCAGGACACUGCCAUAAACCACGCAGCCAUGAGAGGGCUUAGCAAGGAGGAUGUCGAGGGCAAAACAUCUGGCUUCCACACUCUAGUUACCGAGGGCGGCGUCACGGUGUCAUUAGGUUCUACCGACGAGGACGAAGAGAUGGAAGACUAG